CCGGCGUGCGGCAGUUCGGGCAGCGUGCCUUCGUGCGACAGCCGGAGAUGUUGCAAGUGCACAAAAGCGCCUCUCUUUCCUGUGGCAGUAAUAAGGCAGCUGCGGGUGUUAAGGAGGGCGAAGCUCUAGCGCUGUGGCUGUCUGAGCGACGAAGAGCGCUCUGGAGGCGGAGAAGACACGUGAACGUGUGAACGGGGCCUUGUAGGGGACGUCUGCGGUGACUCUGAAGACGCGAGGGCGGGCUUGUGAGACGGGCCCUUCUGCCCGCCCGCCCCCCCAGAGAGCGGGAACUUUGGGAAGGGACCGUGCAAGUCCGCGCCAGCCGGGCUCAGCCUUGUCUCCCGCCCCGUCCUGCUCCCGGGGCGCAAAGGGACUGAGAGCAAGAGGCCACACGACCCCCGACGGGUUGGGGCUGCAGAGAUGUGGUGGUGCGCAGCUGGGCGCCAGCCCCGCCGAGGGCCUCCCUCCUCCUCGCUCUUGGCUCCGUGGCUGCUGCUGCUCUUGCUGGCGCCACUUUUGCUCUCUCACUCUCCGGAGGAAAAGAAGAAACGGGAUGCCGAUUUGCCUCCUAAUAUUUGUGUCAGUUGCCAUGCUAAUGCUACAUGCCAGCAAGAAAAUGGCAAACAUGUUUGCAAGUGUAUUGAUGGAUUUUGGGGUAAUGGGAGGAGUAUUUGUCAAGAUAAAAAUGAAUGUUCUCAUGGAGCAACCAAGAUGUGUGGAGAGCACAGCACAUGCCAUAAUACACCUGGAAGUUAUUACUGUGCUUGUCUUGACGGCUACCAAGCUUCCAGUAAAAACAAGACAUUUAUUCCCAAUGAUGGCACACACUGUGAAGAUAUUAAUGAGUGUAACGUCUCAGACAUCUGUGGCCUUGGAGGACAAUGUGUGAAUACCAUCGGAAGCUAUGAGUGCUACUGUAUGGAAGGAUACAGUACAGAAAAUGGAACAGAACCGUUUCAGCCACUUAUAGGCAACAUUUCAUGCAAAGUUGUGGACUGUGGGCUUCCACCUCCUCUUCCAAAUGCUUAUUUAGCUCUUGUCAACAAAACAAGCUAUGGAAACAAAGUUGUUUAUACUUGUCAUCCUCCUUAUGUCAUUGAAAGUGGAAACUGGACUGCCGUUUGCAAUUCUACAGGUCGAUGGGAAGGAGCUGAUCCAAUGUGCAAAGAAAUAGACUGCGGAAAACCACCAUGGCUUCCACAUACAAACAUUAUCUGGGAUAACACCACAACUUUAGGAAGCAGGAUAUACUAUACGUGUAAGGAAGGAUUUCAGCCUUUUAGAGGACGUAAUUUUUCACAGUGUACAAUAAAUCAGAAGUGGGAAAACAUCACUUUUGAAUGCAGAGUUGCCCAGAUUUGGCCUUCUGGGAAACUACAAAACCCAGAUAGAACUGAGAUGGAAAAAUCACUGCGGACACCCAACAAGGAAAUAAACUGCGGCCAACCUCCUUCAGUAUCUAACUCAGACAUGAUAUGGGAUAAUACCUCCACUCUGGGAAGUGUUGUGAAGUACAAAUGCAAAAAAGGUUUCUUUUCCACAAGUGUGAAAAGUACAUCGAACUGUACCAGUAAAGGAUCAUGGGAAAUCUUGGAUCUAGGAUGUACAAAAGUGCUAGGAUUUCAUAAUUUCACAGUGAAUAACUAUUGUUUGACAUGGAGGAGGCUUAAUGCUGCAGUAAACGAAACCUACCGACUUACUAUUAGGACAUUAAAUUCCUAUAAAUAUAAUUCACUAAAAAUUGCUGAUGAAUUGAAGAUUAACCUCACCACAUCUGAGGAGACUGUAAAGAUCUGUUUGCCACUACGUCGGGCGACAAACUACAGUGUGACAAUUAUUGAGGAAUCCUCCAAUAGACAUUUACGUGUGUUAUUUAAGCAACCAGUAGCUGAAAAUGAAGUUGUAUUUGGCAACAUCUCCAUAUUUAAUGACAACUGUAUUAAAUGGCAGAGAGAAUCGAGAAGAACACAAUCUGAGGAAACAUAUGUAUUUCACAUUCAGGGUCUACGCUGGUAUCAGAAGCAAUUCCACGAUAAGAGGACUCUUAAUUUAACCACACAUUUACAGACUCCAGAAGUGUGCCUUAAUUUACUUCCAGGCAGCAAUUACACUGUUAACAUCUCCACAGCAAAUCUGGAUCAUAGUGCCAUAGUCUACAUGACAACUCCAAUCUCUGAUCCACAGUCCCCAGAAGUAGGAUUUGUAUCAGCAGAAGGUUCUGCAUCCUUACUCACCCUUUCUGCAUCAUUACAAAGGAAGGCAGAAGAAAUAAAUGGACCAAUAAGUUCUUACCAAGUGAUAGCAGUUCCUUGGAGCCCGCAGUGCAACUUUUCUUGUUAUUCGUUGAGUAGCCUAACCUACUUCAGCAAGGUCGCUGACUCAGAUGGCUAUGUUGCAGCUGAAUUCCCAGCCAAGGUCCUUGCUGAUGACAUGCUGGUCUUUACUCUGGGAGACAGACUUUACUAUGGAGAAUUUUACAAUGCUCCCUUGAAACUUGGAAAAAAUUAUUGCAUUAUACUGAGGACGGUCAGUGAAUGGGAUGAGGUGAAAAAGCAAUCCUGUGUUGUCUGGGCCCAAAUUAAAGUUUCAUCAUCUCCACAGCAUGUGACUGCCGUUAUGUUAGGGUCAGUUGUUGCUGUUUGCUCCAUUCUGUUCCUAUCACUCCUUGCUGCACGAUUCUGUUCCUGAGAAAGAGCUUCAGCUCAAAACAUUGCAGCAGCACACAUAUCUUCAGCCAUGCUGGCCAGAAGGAUGUUUUCCGAUGAGAUUAGACAGUUCUGUACUGCACAGAUAUUGACAAGCAGAGUACUGCGUCAUUUUCUCAAAUGAUUCAGACGGUCUCUCUCCUCUGAUGUGUGCCUCUACUAAUCAUCUGGAGAACAGAAUGAAAGAAGACAUGGGGACCUGGAGCUGUCCAGUAUUCUUCUUGGAUGUUCAGAGCAAGCAAAUCAUUCCCAAAGCCAUGUUGUUGACUUGUGGGUUAAAUAAUGAAAGCUUUUGUUUUUCA